AAUGAAAGGUUUGAGAAUAGGAGCAAGAGUUUUCAGUCUCAUAUCAUCUCCAUAAUAAGUAUUUUUCAGAUAAGGUUUACAUUAAACUCCAAUUUAUUUAUUUUCUGAAAAGACCAAGAAGCAAGAUACACCAAAGAAUGAUUAAAAAUAAGAGAAAGCCUAAUAAAAAGAAUAAAAAGUUGAAUAAGAAAAAAAAGAAGCUUCUACAAAAUAAGAAGAAAAAGUUGAAUCCCUUGAUGAAUCUCAUGAAGAUAAAUUACAUAGAGUAGAAUCAUUUUAUUCAAAAUAAAUUGAAAAAUUAGAGACUCAAAUAAAAGAUCAUAAAGAAAAAAUUCAUGAUCAAAUUAAAUUGAUUAAUUAAUUAGAAGCAUCCAAUAAGGAUCACAACUCAAAAAUUAAAGAAUUAAGAGAUGCUUUAAAAGCUGAAUUAGAAGAAUAAGAAUUGUAAUAAAAAAGAAUUUCUAAGUAUAUAUUAUAUAUAUAAUAAAUAGAGAGAAAGAAUAAUUAAAAGUAUUUGCUAUUUCAAAUUUUGCUAAAGAAUUAUUAGAAGUAUAAGAUAACUUAGAGAGAGCUAUUGCAAGUACUACUGAUAAGCCAGAAGAGAAUCCAUUAUUAGAAGGUAAUUAUAUAAUCAAUUAAAUUUAGGUGUUGUUAUGACACAUUCAAUUUUAGAGAAAGUGUAUAAGAAGUUUGGAGUUCAAAAGAUGAAUGUGACUGGAUAGAAGUUUGAUCCAAAUUUUCAUGAAUCCUUAUUCUAAGUAGAAGAUCCUGAAAAAGAACCAGGAACAAUAUGUUAUGUAGCAUAAGAAGGAUAUGUUAUUGGAGAGAGAGUUUUGAGACCAGCAAAAGUUGGUGUUGUUAAAUAAUAAUCAUGAU